GCCGCGGCGGCGGGGGGCGGCGGCGGCGGCUCUGCCCCCCGGUUCUCGGCUCCCCGGGCGGGGCGCGGGGCGGGCAGGUGGGCGAUGAAUGGUUUCAGCACCGAGGAGGACAGCCGGGAUGGGCCUCCCGCCGCCCCCUUUUACGGCCAGAGCUGCUGCCUCAUCGACGACGGGGACCGCUGCGUGCGCCCCGCCGGCAACGCGUCCUUCAGCAAGCGUAUCCAGAAGAGCAUCUCGCAGAAGAAGCUGAAGCUGGACAUCGACAAAAGUGUGAGGCAUCUGUAUAUUUGCGAUUUCCACAAGAAUUUCAUUCAAAGUGUCCGAAACAAAAGAAAGAGAAAGACAAGCGAUGACGGAGGUGACUCUCCUGAGCAUGAAACGGAUGUCCCGGAGGUUGACUUGUUCCAGCUCCAAGUGAAUACGCUGCGACGUUACAAGAGACAUUAUAAAUUACAGACUAGGCCUGGACUCAACAAGGCUCAACUAGCAGAAACUGUCAGCCGUCACUUCAGGAAUAUUCCUGUGAAUGAGAAAGAGACACUUGCUUAUUUCAUCUAUAUGGUGAAGAACAAUAAGAGCAGGCUGGAUCAGAAAUCAGAAAGUAGCAAGCAACUAGAAUGAAGACUAACAGGACUUGGAAUAAGGGAGACCUUGAGGCAACAGAUGGUAUUGUGCAUUUUAGGUAUAUAAAAACUGUUGAAAUAUAUUGUAAAUUUCUUUAAAUGCAGUAAGUCUGGAUGACAGAAAAUAUAGACAUUCUUAUCAGGAAUAUUUGAGCACAUGUGACCAGCAUGUUUCUGAAGACUUUUCUUCCUCUCAUUUCAAAGUCAUAUUGGAAUAAAGAAAUGAAGAUAAUGGGGAAACAAAGUAAAUCUGUAGGACUGUGGAGUUUGUCAGCUUGGUGUUUUAAACCAUUUCUGGAAAUCUGCAUCACAGUGCAAUUUAGACCACAAAUGGAAUUUAUUCACUGAAUUCAGACUGCAUCACAAAACCACCAUGCAAUUUAUCUUGGCACAGGACUGGAAUAGCAGCAGAGAGAAAAUUCAUAAUCAAGGUACAUGCGUCAGAAGUUUGUCUGAAGCUUGAUCCCCACCUACACAUGACUUGUCUUGCCUUGAGCCAGUGCUUCAGGUCCCAAACUUCUACAAAUGCUUCAGCACACCAAAUCUACUCCAGUGAAUGUGACUUGACCAUUCUGAUUUUUUUUUUUUUUUUUUUUUUGUUUCCCAACAUGGAAGCCAAAUAACUCAUUGAAACCGUUUUUUUUUCUAAUUUCUUUUAUUUAAAAACUUGCUACUUAAUUGUCUGUUAGUAUUUGACAACUUAUGUUUCCUCAGAAUGUGGUAUUAAGGCAAAUGUAGCUUUAUCUGCUGCGUUUGAUCAUGUUGGUAGAAAUCCUUAUUUAAUUCACUCAAUUAUGUGUGUUUCCCUUAUAUUAAUGGCUCAGCAAUGUCAAGUGAAACAGCAGGUUAAGACAUCUGCCUUUUAAUCUCUGUCAGAUCAGGUAUGAGUCACAAGUGACAUGAAUUUUAUACUGAAGUUAGUCUUUAGCAGAUGUCACAAAACUGCUGUGUAGAUUAGUGUGCUCAGCAGUCUCCAUUUAGUGUAAACCAGAUUUAUGUUAAUGGGUGUAGCAUCAUAACCAGAGUAGUGAACUAACUGGAGCAUGUUGCAUUUCAUCUGUCUUUGCAAUGCAAGUGGACAAAAAGUACUGAAGCACUCAUCUCUUGUGAGCAUUACACAUGCUUUCAUAAGAAUUCUGUGAAACAGUGUAGUGUGCUGGUGCUCUGUAACUGGGCGCUGUAGGAGGAAAUCACUCUGAUUUUGUUAUUUAAAGCCAAGGUGUCCUUAUAAAUAACACAGUGGUUAUUUUGGCAAAAGAAGCUUAUGAAGGUGUUGGUUGUGAAUGACUGUUCUCCAGUGACCUCAAAUUCUAUUCAAGGGGAUCUCUUUCUUUUUUUUAAAAAAAAAAAAAAAAAAAACACCACUGUUUUCUUGCUGUCCUAACCAAUGUCUCCAUUCUGUUACGAGAUGCCAAGACUCCUCUUUAGAGAGUAUAUUCUCAACAAGCCUUAAGCAACGAACUGAACAGUAGAAAACAUUGGCUAGCAUUUUGUCAAUGGCAGGUUUUAAUAUUCCAAAACUGGAUGAAGCUUUGUUGAAGAACUAAACAUGCAGGUCAAAAUCCUAACUCAGUACUGCAUCACAUGUUCUGUAAGGCAUGAAGGGUUCACUUAGUGAAGCUCUUGUUGAAGCUCUCCCAAGGUCUCUUUACCAGUCAAGUCACAACUUAAAGCAAGCUGUUUGCAUCAGCUUUGAAAUGUUUGCUAAUAUUGCUAAUAUUCCAAAUAUGCAACAGACUUCAACAUUAAGUCCUGUGUCAUAUGCAGAAAUACUGUUAUGGUACCUGUCCCAUUUGUGAAGCUUUGAGGAGUAUGAUUGUUCCAGCACUUCCUCAUUCGAUUCAGUGUAAAUUUUAAGAAUGUCAGACAGAAGAGGUAUUCAAGGAAUGAGGAGAGAAUGUCUUACAUCAGUAUUUCAUGAAUGUUUAAAAAUUUCCUAAUUACACUGGUCCUUUCCUUAUUGAAAGGAUGGAGUAAUUCCCACAUUAGUCAGCAUGAUCUGGCUUCUCUCAUUCAGGACAGGUAGUUAAGAGGGUAUGUACUCUGAAUGCAUGUUCCUCUUGAAAGUGCUCAUGUAAUCAGAGGAUAUUACCAAGAGAAAAUGAGUUUGAGUUGAGAGUAUUGCCUCAUCGUAACUUCUAGACCAAAAUUGUGAAAAUGCAAUUUGGGGAGGUUUUUUGUUGUGAGAUUUCUUAUUCCUAACAGUAAGUAAAUCUGUUGCGGUGUUUUAGCAGCUAGCAGGAAAAUGAUUCUUUUCACACAAAUAUGGUGGCAGGUUCCAUCUGUUCAGGUAUGUUCACUGGUAUUGUUUGUGUGGAGGGGGUAUCCAGGAAACCUUCUUUUUUAUUUUAUUUUUUUUUCUUCCUUCCCUCUGAAAAUGGUCAAUUGAUGUAAAAUGUCAUUGCUGUUGGUUUCACUCUUAAAGCAAUUAUACUUUUUGAAAAAAAAUUUAGUGAAUUGUGAUGAUAAGUUGUUUACCAGCCAUUAGCAGUUGUUUAUAAGGUGGUAAGCUUGGAGGCAAGACACCAAAACCUGAAGAGUCUUUAGGUGUCAGACCCCAUGGCCUUAUAAACCCUUGCAAAUGCCUUAUUAUCUUGUUCUCAACUUAGCUAGAACAAAAAGCCUUCAGCAGAAGGAUGAUGUCUUUUUGGAAGGGUUAGUCACUUUGUGACUGCCAUGCUAUAAACUGAAGUCACAUGUCAAUUCAGUAGCAAUAUCCAUGUUCAGGGUGCCUGUGAUUCUUGAAAAGCAUUUAGUAUCUAAUAACCAGAAAACGCAACAAUGCAAUUGUCAUUCUAUGUAAUACCAUUCUGUGUAUUUGAUUCCAUAUGCUGCAUGCCAAUUAAAGACUUUCCAACUUUUUUUUCUUUAAGAAAAAAAAAGAAAAAAAUUAAAAGUAAAUGUGUUUGAACCUCACACAUGUGAAGCCAUGAGGUAGGAUAUUUUCUCAGCACUUUUAAGAUGAGACUCGUUGGAAAGAUGGAAGACCCAAAUUGCUUUGGCUGGCGUGAUGAGACUUUUCCUUUUGCAUUUUGUUUUUCACGGAUGGGCCUUAAAUUCUGUCUAGCUUUGAACCAUGGAGCACAAGCCUUGGGGGCAGGGAGGAUGACCACAUGUCACCUUCCACCUGUAAUACUGGACGCUUAUUUCUUACAAGCCUGCAUAGGUGACAUUCAACCUGGGGCAGAGGAAUCAUCUUUGAAACCCCGCAGCCAUUACGUAGCCUAUUUCAAUUACAUAGCCUAAUUCAAUUCUCAUUGAAGAGCUGCAUUAACUUCAUUAGACUUCUGGUCAGAUACAAAGCCAUCAGUAUAAAAUACAAAUAAUGUGGAAAUCUCUCAUCUAGGCUUAAUUAUCCUGUAUACUGACCCUCUGUUCUCUUUAAGGAAAGAAGAAAUAAUUAUUGCUGGUAAUUAUCAGCUUGAGCUCAAUUCAAGGGAAUUUGAAGUGUGUGAAGACUUGAGUUGGUGGCAAUUUGAUGGCUGAAAAGUGCAAAUAUAUCCAAGGAGGCUCUGUUUGCAUGCAGUUUUCAUAAAUAUCUGCAUCUCAAGGAAUAUUGUAUAUCAACCUGAAGUAAACAAUUGCAUUAAAAGAUGAUGUCUCUUUUGCCAGGCACUUUGGAUGUUCAAACUGAGAAAAGCAGAGGUGGCAGGUUUGUACUGCUUGCCCCAAGACUCUGGUGUCCAAAAUUUUCUUAAAAGUGUGGCUGCAAACCAUUAGAUACCCUAGUGUGCAAGACUUGACUGAAAUACAUUGGCGUUAAAAGUUAGUCUAAAGUGCAAGCUGGUUUCAGAGGCUUUGAAAUCAAGAGCCAAAAUAAUGCACAGUAUGUGUUUCAAGCAGGUCGUGAUAGCAAAGAAAAGAUGAAACAACAUGGUCCCUGGAGAGACUGAAUGAAACACUUCCAGUGUUAGCAGCAUGAGGGAAGAUGUGUUCUGUAUUAACUCUUAUAAUGGAUGUUUAAUGAGAGGAGAAGGGAGAAGGUGUGCACUUUAUGUCUUUUGGUUGAGCCAAAUGUGAAUACCAAUGGGAGAUCUUCAGCAGUAACUGCAGUUGGAGGGGGAAGGAAUGGUCUGCAGGAUUGUUUAUUUAAAUUGGCAGAUUGUUAUACUUCCCUGGAGCACUAGCGUCACUUUGCCUCUACAGUUUAAAAAGUGGGUAAGAUGAGGUAUCCUCCCUUGCAAAAAGGAGUGCUUGUCCUGCCCAGAGCGUUGACUGAAGAGUCCCAAAGGUGGAAGAAUGUUGUUGAUGCCUCACUUCUCUUGACACUGAUGCCCUUUAACCAUCUCUAGCUUAUCAAGUUAGGGACUUUUGUUUUCCUCUUUCAAAGUGCAAAUUAACUGUUAUGAUGUAAGAUACUCCUUGCACUUUUCGCAGCUAACCCCAGUCUCGCCUUUUUGACUUGCCUGUUUGGAAUGAAUUAAAUGGUUGAAGAAAGUGUGGGGAGAUUGUGGGGGGGCUCCUGCCUUAAAUCUGAGUUUCCCUUGCAAGCAACUCUGCAGGCCAUCCUGUACAACAGCAGGUAGCUGAGCCCCAACAGGGCAAGGUUUGCUUCUGUCCUAGCCACAGCUCUCCACUUUGCAGCGAGAGUGCCGGGGAAGUGAAUAGUAGGUAACUUGCAAAAUAGCUUGGAGUGUUCUAACAGGCUUACUGGGAGAAAAAAAAAGUGUGUUCCCUCUUCUGUUUCUGGCCUCCAUGUGUUGUGCUGAUCUUAUGCCAAAUGUUUUGGACACCUUGUAUUUUUAACUGUGUAAUAUAGUUGUGUAUUGUUAAAGCAACUUAGUAACUUAUAGCAAAACUGUAGAACUCAUUUCUCUGAGGUAGAGGAAAUGUCCUGCUUCCACUGUGUAUGAGACUUUAACUCUGUACUGUCUGACAAAGAUGAAGAUGCUGAAUUCCACUUUAAUAAAUGAUCUAUCUAGCAAUAA